AUGGAGAAGAUUGUAAAAGGCGCUACGAAAAUCAAGUUGGCAGCGCCCAAGUCCAAGUAUAUCGAGCCCAUAUUGUCUGCCACAAACGGCGGAGAAUCAGGCGUCGCCGAGGUCUUCCGCACUCUACAACUUCGAUUGCGAGAUUCAACAUGGACGAUUGUCUUCAAGGCCUUGAUUGUGGUCCAUCUUAUGAUAAGAGAGGGUCAGCCCGAGGUUACGUUGAGGUACAUAUCCGAGUCGCCCAAGAGACUGGCAAUCAGCAGCUUCACAGAAGUUCAAACCCAAGGGCUCAACAUCCGAAGAUAUUCAGAAUACUUGCUGGAGAGAGUGCGAGCCUUCCGCGAUACCAAGACGGACUUUGUCAAGUCAGGAGCUGGAAAGAUGCGCAGACUGACCGUCGAAAAAGGGCUAUUGAGACAGACUGAGAUUGUGCAGGACCAAAUACAGGCGUUGGUGAGGUGCGAUGUGAGCACUCAUGACCCGGACAAUGAGAUCUCACUCACAGCUUUUCGUCUAUUGACUUUGGACUUGCUCGAGCUAUUCAAGGUCAUGAACGAGGGCACAAUCAAUGUUCUGGAACAUUACUUCGAAAUGUCUCGUCCUGACGCUGAACGGGCCUUGAAAAUCUACAAGACAUUCGGAAGGCAGACAGAGAUGGUGGUGCAAUAUCUCAGUCUUGCAAGACAGUAUGAGAUGUCAACUCGCUUGGAGGUCCCAAGGUUAAAGCACGCACCAACAACUUUGACCAAUGCUCUGGAGGAAUAUCUCAAUGAUCCGGAUUUUGAACUGAAUCGAAGGCAAUAUCUGGCGCAGCAAGAAGGAAAAAGAACAGGCAAGCCGGUUUCCGCCGCGCCAUCAGCCAAUCCAUUCGACAAGCCGGCGACCAAAGAAGUUGCAGCGACCUCAGUUGCAGCCAAACCACAACCCUUUCCCUCAGCGCCUAAGGGACCAGCACCAGAUCUAAUUGACUUCUUCGAAUCGAUUGAGCAGAAUCAGCAGACAAUGGGUCAGACCAACUUCAACUCGCAGCCUCAAUUUCAGCAAGGAGCGCCCCAAGUCCAGGGAUACCAGCCGGCGCCGGUGCCUCAACAGACGGGUUACAAUCCUUUUCUGCAGCAACAGCCGACGUUUCAGAGUCAGGCUCUACCACAACCCCAAGCUCAGCCGCAGCCCCUGCAGACAGAUUUCACAGGUGCAGGAUUCGGUGGAUAUGGGCCUCAGCCGCAGCAGCAGCAGCAGCAGGUACAGCAGGGGGCAUUCCAGUUUCCCGCGCAGCUCUCACCGAUUCCUCAGAAUGGCGUGGCAAGCUUCCAGUCGCAAGCCUUCUCACCAGCUCAGCCUUCUCCGAUCCAACCACAGCAAACAUCCACCAAUCCGUUCCGGCAAUCCACGAUGCCCACGGGAAGCACCCAAUUCUCGCCUGUCAGUCCUCCAGCACCUGUGCGGUCGGCAACCAAUCCAUUUGCGAAGCACACCACUGGAGCUAUCUCCAACAAUGACCACACGGCAGGAAGCAUUCAUGACCAAACGACCUUGUCGCCAGUUUCUCCUGACCCAGCUUUCCCUUCCAACCCGUCUUUCCUCUCAUCUCCGCCGCCACUCCAGCCUCAGAGAACAGGCACCAACCCCUUUGCGAAGAAUCGACCGACGACACCUGGAGGUGCAGUGACAACGAACGUGACUGGCAGCACAAAUCCAUUCAGGCAGAGCGCGUUUGUCAACCAACAGACAGGUCAGGGAUGGCAGCAUAACAAUCAGGGAACGCUAUUGGGAUUUGACGUGAAUAAUGUAGACACAGUGCCGGUCUUCCCGCGGCCGGGCCACAGUUGA